AUGUUGCUUCUGGGCCUGCUGGCAGGGCUGCUCGGGGUCUGCGGAGCACAGGUCGCCGAGGUGUUCGUGUUCCACUCCAACAACUACAAUGAGGCCGCCGGAGACUACAAGCUGUGGGACUGGUCCAAGGUGACCACCGUCGCCGUCUGGAAAGAUCGCCUGCUGGAGGAGCCGGACAUCGUGCCCUUUGCGCGGGCGCGGGGCGCCAAGGUCGUCCUGGGCGGCUUCGGGAUGAACGCGGAGCACUUCUCCAACGCCAGCGCGCGCGCCGCGUACGUCGGCGCCGUCGUCAACCUGACCUCCGCGUUCCGCUUGGACGGCUUCAACGUCGACAUCGAGGGCAACGCGCCCGAGCACCGGGACGCCGUGACCGCGCUCACCUGCGACCUGAAGGCCGCGCUCGGGCCCGCGUCGAUGCUCACGUUCGACCUCGGCGCGGCCCCAAAGUCCGAGAUUGACCGCUACGACUUCGCGGGCCUCGGCGUCUGCCUCGACUACAUCGUCCCGAUGAUCUACGACAUGGUCGGCGGCUGGCCGGAGCUCUCGCCCGGACCCAACUCGCCGCUGGGCGCGGUGCGGACGUGCGUGGAGGAGUACUCCGAGCUGGGCAUCCCGCCGUCGCGGCUCAUCCUCGGCUUCCCGUGGUAUGGCUACGACUUCCCCUGCGCGGCGGGCACGCCCGCCGGCUCCGGCGGCGCGUGCGUGAUGGCGCAACCGCCGCCGCCGUUCCUGCAGCUCGAAGCCGGCUACGGGACGGUCCUCGACACGUGGGAGCGGCGCGGCGCGUCGGUCGCGGGCGCGGGCGUAUCGUGGGACAACACCUCGAGCACGCCGUGGUUCGAGUAUGCCGCGACGGACGGCAGCAUCCACCAGUGCUGGUACGACGACCCGCGGUCGCUGGCGCUCAAGUACGCGGCCGCCGCGGAACACAGCGCGCGCGGAGUCGCCUUCUGGACCGGAGACUCGUUCCACAGGGCCAACGGCACCAAGAGCGCCGGCGCAGCAAGGGACAUGUGGGCGGUCGUGCCGACUCCCGCGCGGCCGUAA